AAUGCCAAUCAGGUUACAGUAUCACCAACAGCGUUAUCCAUUAUUACCCAGAAUGCUAAUCGGGUUACAGUAUCACCCACACAGCGUUAUCCAUUAUUACCCAGAAUGCUAAUCGGGUUACAGUAUCACCAACAGCGUUAUCCAUUAUUACCCAGAAUGCUAAUCGGGUUAUCCAUUAUUACCCAGAAUGCUAAUCGGGUUACAGUAUCACCCACAGCGUUAUCCAUUAUUACCCAGAAUGUAUCACCCACAGCGUUAUCCAUUAUUACCCAGAAUGCUAAGCGGGUUACAGUAUCACCCACAGCGUUAUCCAUUAUUACCCAGAAUGCUAAUCGGGUUACAGUAUCACCCACAGCGUUAUCCAUUAUUACCCAGAAUGCUAAGCGGGUUACAGUAUCACCCACAGCGUUAUUCAUUAUUACCAGAAUGCUAAUCGGGUUACAGUAUCACCCACAGCGUUAUCCAUUAUUACCCAGAAUGCUAAUCGGGUUACAGUAUCACCCACAGCGUUAUCCAUUAUUACCCAGAAUGCUAAUCGGGUUACAGUAUCACCAACAGCGUUAUCCAUUAUUACCCAGAAUGCUAAUCGGGUUACAGUAUCACCCACAGCGUUAUCCAUUAUUACCCAGAAUGCUAAGCGGGUUACAGUAUCACCCACAGCGUUAUCCAUUAUUACCCAGAAUGCUAAUCGGGUUACAGUAUCACCCACAGCGUUAUCCAUUAUUACCCAGAAUGCUAAUCGGGUUACAGUAUCACCCACAGCGUUAUCCAUUAUUACCCAGAAUGCUAAGCGGGUUACAGUAUCACCCACAGCGUUAUCCAUUAUUACCCAGAAUGCUAAUCGGGUUACAGUAUCACCCACAGCGUUAUCCAUUAUUACCCAGAAUGCUAAUCGGGUUACAGUAUCACCAACAGCGUUAUCCAUUAUUACCCAGAAUGCUAAUCGGGUUACAGUAUCACCCACAGCGUUAUCCAUUAUUACCCAGAAUGCUAAUCGGGUUACAGUAUCACCCACAGCGUUAUCAUUAUUACCCAGAAUGCUAAUCGGGUUACAGUAUCACCCACAGCGUUAUCCAUUAUUACCCAGAAUGCUAAUCGGGUUACAGUAUCACCCACAGCGUUAUCCAUUAUUACCCAGAAUGCUAAUCGGGUUACAGUAUCACCCACAGCGUUAUCCAUUAUUACCCAGAAUGCUAAUCGGGUUACAGUAUCACCCACAGCGUUAUCCAUUAUUACCCAGAAUGCUAAUCGGGUUACAGUAUCACCCACAGCGUUAUCCAUUAUUACCCAGAAUGCUAAUCGGGUUACAGUAUCACCCACAGCGUUAUCCAUUAUUACCCAGAAUGCUAAUCGGGUUACAGUAUCACCCACAGCGUUAUCCAUUAUUACCCAGAAUGCUAAUCGGGUUACAGUAUCACCCACAGCGUUAUCCAUUAUUACCCAGAAUGCUAAUCGGGUUACAGUAUCACCAACAGCGUUAUCCAUUAUUACCCAGAAUGCUAAUCGGGUUACAGUAUCACCCACAGCGUUAUCCAUUAUUACCCAGAAUGCUAAUCGGGUUACAGUAUCACCCACAGCGUUAUCCAUUAUUACCCAGAAUGCUAAUCGGGUUACAGUAUCACCCACAGCGUUAUCCAUUAUUACCCAGAAUGCUAAUCGGGUUACAGUAUCACCCACAGCGUUAUCCAUUAUUACCCAGAAUGCUAAUCAGGUUACAGUAUCACCAACAGCGUUAUCCAUUAUUACCCAGAAUGCUAAUCGGGUUACAGUAUCACCAACAGCGUUAUCCAUUAUUACCCAGAAUGCUAAUCGGGUUACAGUAUCACCAACAGCGUUAUCCAUUAUUACCCAGAAUGCUAAUCGGGUUACAGUAUCACCCACAGCGUUAUCCAUUAUUACCCAGAAUGCUAAUCGGGUUACAGUAUCACCCACAGCGUUAUCCAUUAUUACCAAGAAUGCUGAGGGAAAUUACUGUUUUAGUCAAUAA